AAGCUUUGCGCCUUUUUUUAAUUUAUGAUUUCUCUACCAUGCAGAAAACUUGUAAGAAGUAUUUCGUGAACAUGGACGAGUACCUAGCCAGCAUCGGUUUGUACAGGAAGAUGAUGGCCCGAGACGCGUCCUGCCUCUUUCGAGCUGUUUCUGAGCAGCUUUAUUACUCUCAGAACUACCAUCACAAAAUAAGGAAAGACUGCGUCGAGUUCAUGAGGGCAAACAGAUGCAACUUCGAACCUUUCGUUGAAGGCUUUUUUGAGAAGUAUUUGGAGCGUUUGGAGGAUCCCAAGGAAACUGCAGGCCAAGUGGAAAUCAAGGCUUUGUCUCUGCUUUACAGGAGGUGCUUUGUCAUUUACAGAUACCCAGGGAAGCCGCCAACCAAGAUUGGAGAAGAUGACAGCUUGCCCAAGAUUUUGCUCUGUUGCUCAAGCAAUGGUCAUUAUGACAUUGUCUACUCAAGGGCCUAUCCAGUGGAUGCAGCAGUGUGCCAGUCGCUUUUGUAUGAAUUGUUGUACACACGUGUUCUGGGCAUUGAAGAGGAGGAUCUGCAUAUGGCUCUGGAUGGGUGUCGAGUGGUGGGGCGUCGGUACAGGAAUAGCCUGUCUGUGUGCAGUGAGGAGGCUGGUUAUGAUACCCCUGAGGAUAGGGGUCUGAGAGAGGAAUGGGAGCUUGGUGGUCAUAACCGCACUGAGGAUAAAGCCAAAUUUGGAGCAGAAGACCAAAAAGCUCCUGAUGGAUCAGCAAAGGUUGCUCUUCCCUACAAGGUACUGAAAGCCUUAGAGCCUGAAGUGUACCGCAAUGUGGAGUUUGAUGUCUGGCAAGACUGCCGCAAAGAACUCCAGAAGACUGAUUACAUGGUGUUUGCUGGGAGACAGUAUUUCUUAGGAGACAAGUGUCAGGUGCGUUUGGAUCCUAAAGGGAAGUACUACAAUGCUUUCAUCCAGGAAGUAGGGACUCACCCCAGCGCUGUGACUGUGUUUAUUGAAGAGCUGGGAGAAAAGCACUUGGUAUCUUUGACUAAUCUGAAGCCAGUGAAUCCUGUCCCAGCAUGGAACAUAACACCGAGCAGAAAGGGCAGCUCCUACAGCCAUGCUGAACAUUAUUCUGGAGAACUAGACCCAGAGCUGCGUGGACGGCGGAGAUUCCUGAAGAAAGCUAGAGGUAAAGAGAUGCUGAUGGCUAUGUCUUAUGGACGGCCUCAGCCUGGCUUGCCCCCCCGCCUGCAGCCCUGCCCAGGGAACCUGGCCCCUAUUCGUGCUCCUGGAGUGCAUGCUCCUGCUCCUCCCCCACCUGGCCUCAGUUACGAGCACUACCGCCCACACCCUGCCCCAAGACCGCCUCGUGGAUAUGGACCACCUAGCUCAGCACGUUUCCUGAAUAGACAACAUAUCAUUGGACCAGAGGUGGCUUACUAUCCGAGCGCUGGCAAACGCUGCUACCAGAGCUUUGACAAUUAUUCCUUUAAAUCACGCAGAAGUAGGCGUCAGAUGCACUCGGUGAAUAAGGAAUGUCAGUUCAGCUUUGUGCCUGAGCCUGAAGACGAAGCCCAGGACAUGGAAGGAACCAUGACCUUCUACGAAGUGGAGGAAGCAGAUGAAAAUGCAUUCUCUCCCAUACAGGGACAAACGGUUACCAGUACUAUGGUACCUGGUGCUGCUACUUACUGGGUGUCACAAGGCCCAAGCCCUAUUCCAUCUGGCAAACAGCCCAUAGCAUCAUCUGAAGAGGACCCUGAUGAAAGGAGCACCGCUGGAGACCAUGGUGAAUACUCAGAGGAGUAUAUUUUUUCUGCCUCUGAUGCAGGAUUUCAGAGUCCAUCUGUUUAUGCUGCUGCAGAGUCUACCACCAACCUGACCAUUCAAGAGGGAGGCUCUCGUGCUGGGUCACCACAAGAGGGCAUUGCUACCUACAGUUACUCACAACAGGUGGUGGUAAAGUCAGCAGUCCUUUCUUCCUCUCAGCCAGUCAAUUCUGCCCCUGCUGCCAUCUUUACUUCCAACUCUUCUCCUUCUUCCUCAGCUGGGAGUUCCCAUAGCCCCCCAAAUCCCUUACAACCUUCCAGCAUCACACCCGGGCAGCCCCCACCUCUGCACACAGUGGGGAGGCCAGUGUCUCCAUGGUUUGUUAACGAGAUGGGGGAACCAGUCACUGUGGCUCCACCUCCGCCUUACUCCUAUGACCCCAGUGGCAAUGACCUGCCUAGAGAUUGCAAGGUUCUCCAGUAUUUUUUCAACUUAGGGGUGCAGACUUACCAGCAGAGUUACUGGCAUUCCAUGGUGCACAUGCAGCAGAUGUACCAGCUGCCCGGGGCUGGUGGGGAGCCUCAGUUUCAGCCUUACCUGACUCCUGCUGCAGCAGCUAGUCCAGACCACACUGUCCCCCAGCCUUACCCUGAGCCUGCCCGUUCAUGUCCCCACCCUCAGGGUGAGCCGGCCAGCAACGGCACUCCUCUGGCUAUGGAGCCCUCCACUGCAGCAGUCCCUGGCACUGUGUUCUUCCCACUGGUGCAGGAGCAGUGCAGCCAACCCCCACUCCACUCUACCUACGAGCCCUACGUGCCUGUGCUCUCCACCACCUACCACUACCUCACACCCUGGACCCCCGGGCCUCUCCCACAUCCACGUUUCCACCAUACCUCAUACUGUCCCUCAUCCCACCCUCAUGUUAAUUACAUUACCACCCCAACCCACCCCACACACUUUGUGCCACCCAGUAUGUAACUAAUCACUAAGAGGGGC